GCUUAAGCGACGAUAUAUAACCCAGCAUUCUUCAACUACUUCUCAGUUUUCCCGACUUUCCUUAAAUACCGUUCGUUUUUUCGUCACCUUCACUUCACCACCGGUUUCGCGGCUUUAGAACCUAUCUUCAAUCUUCAAUCACAAUGAAGUUCGCAUACGUUUUCGCCUUUGUCGCUGCCGCUGCCACCACCGCUGGUGCUACUUACACCGGCGAGACUAACGCCAACCGCAUGGCUCGUGGUCUCCCUCCCUUGCCUCCCGUCCGCCGCGCGACCCCGGCCUCCCGUGCCCGUCGCAGCUCUCCCUCCGGUUCCCCUGGCGGUGGUCAGUGCAACACCGGUCCCGUUCAGUGCUGUGACAAAGUCCAGAGCGCUAACGAAGGAAUUGUCCCUGAGCUUUUGUCUCUCCUCGGUCUCGAGGGUAUCAGUGAUGACACCCAAGUUGGUCUCACCUGCAGCCCUCUUUCUGGUGUUGGUGUUGGCGGCGGCUCUAAAUGCUCUCAACAACCAGUUUGCUGCAGUAACAACAGCUUCAACGGUCUCAUCAACAUUGGAUGCUCGCCCAUCAACAUCAACCUUUAGACGCCUCGCACGCAUGAUAUCAACGUGCUUCCUAAACCUUCCGGUCGUUACCUCGCUACCCUUGAUACCAUAACGUUUUUAGCAAAAAUCGUAAUAACCGAUACCAUUGGUUCUCGGACUCCCCUUUGCCUUCUUUUUCCGGAGCCAUUUCUACACGUCGCUUUAUCAGUUUACCUUAUUUGUUGCGUUUUCUCCACUCCCACACGUUUCUUUUAUUGCUGCAGUAGAUGAUCUGUUUUUUUUUGAUUGAUGCUACUUAUCGCGGUAUAUGAAAAUUGGAGUGGGAACAUUUUUGCACGUGGCUACAUUAACAUGCAACGCAAUGAUAGGUUCGCGUGUUUAUGACUUUCAACUUGUGCUCCUUCUCGAGAUCAUUGAAACUCGUAUAUUCGUAUGUUGGUUGCUUCCUUGGCUUAUCUUACAAUCAGUUGAUUGAUUGAGAAGUUGAAAUCGAUUCCGUGUCUGUAUAUGUACUUGGUUGAAACGAUCUUUUGAAUUGCA